AUGUACGCAUACGCCUUGAUUGAAAAUGCGACCUUGCUCCCUCUGUUCUCCACCCGUGCGGACCACGCAGCCAACGACGUGAUGGAGAAGGAGACCCGUAGGAGAAGGGAGGCGAGCACAUGGAUGGGGCCGCGGAUGCCGCACGCUGCCGUCGAAGCCGCUGAGCACGCGAUCGCGCUGUCGGAUGCGGACGCGGUGCGCGCGGUGCAGUUCGUGAAGGAGCGCCUGCGCAAGAGCGCGUCGAGCGGCUCGGCGCGAGCGAUCUCGAUAGCCAUUUUUAUCUCGGCGGGUGUGCGUGGGCAGCUGAUCUACAAGAUGCACGGCGGGCAGCGCGUCGAUGAUGCGGUGGAGAAUAUCGUGGGGCGCGGCGUCGAGGGACGUGUUCGGGACGACAUGGAGGACGGCGCACGCUGCCGUGGAUGUGCGUACAGGCGUGAACGGUCGUCAAGGCGCUCGCUCUUCUCUUUUGUGCCGUACCACGGCGUCCUCGUGAAGUUCCCGUUCAAGGGCGACGAGGGCGCGCUUCGCGGCAUGGAGCAGGCGGAGCUGAUCGCCAUCACCACGUACGACGCGUACGCCGCGCUCUGCGGCCUUCGUCUCUCCUACUCACCGCUCAUCGGUACUGACCCCGACCUGGAUUGA